GACCCUGCCAUCCUCUUAAGAUCGCAGUCGGGGAUAGGAGACGGUGAAAGAUGCCGGCGGGCCACGGACUUCGUUCGCGAACUCGCGACCUUUUCGCGAGGCCCUUCAGGAAGAAGGGCUAUGUUCCUUUGACAACGUACCUUCGAACCUACAAGAUUGGGGACUACGUUGAUGUCAAGGUUAAUGCCGCCAUACACAAAGGUAUGCCUCAUAAGUUCUACCAUGGAAGGACUGGUAAAGUAUGGAACGUCACAAAGAGGGCUAUUGGAGUUGAAAUCAACAAACAGGUGGGCAACAGAAUCAUUAAGAAGCGGAUCCAUGUCCGUGUCGAGCACGUUCAGCCUUCAAGAUGCGCGGAAGAGUUCCGUCUGAGGAAGAAGAAAAACGAUGAGCUGAAGGCCGAGGCCAAGUCUCGUGGCGAGAUCAUUAGCACAAAGAGGCAACCCGAAGGACCUAAGCCUGGUUUCAUGGUUGAGGGCGCCACAUUAGAAACAGUCACACCUAUUCCAUAUGAUGUUGUUAAUGACCUCAAGGGAGGUUACUGAAUUCACAACUCCUAUUUAUCACUUCAUCCUCCUACCUUCUUUUACUAUUUUCAUCUAGAGAACUUUUACAACAAGUUGUUUAGAUUUUGAACAUUGUUUUUUAUAUCUUUUUCGACUGUUCCAAUCAUCUUUGUUACUCUUUCAGCGUUGUGUAAUUUGAAAAUUUAUUCUGCAUUUCUGACA